AGUGUCGGCGGCUCUCGCCUGCUGCUGACUACACAAUCCAACAUGGAGUAAUGAGAGAUGGGGCUCCUCUUCGAGACCAGCGCGCAGUCCUCAGCCACGGCGGGCGACGCGAGGCGAGAAACCGUCGAUGUAGCCGUCGGGAUGUUGCAUAACGCGAGGAUUAACCAGAUGCAUCGCAAACCGUGACGGGUGAAGCGCGGCGCGCGGAGAAAGAGCGAAAAUUAAGGAACGCCGAGGAGACGGAUUUGGGGAAACUCGUUGAUGCACUGGACUUUAAAAAAAAGGCGAGGUGGAAAAUCGAGACGACAUGAAGCCCGAACGCUGCGUGCCCGCGGUGGGAUAUUAUUAUUAUUGUAGGUGAAACGCGGGGAAACAUGACUGAGGAAUCGCACCCAGACGAUGACAGUUACAUAGUGCGAGUGAAAGCUGUGGUGAUGACGAGGGACGAGUCUAGCGGGGGCUGGCUGGCUCAGGAGGGCGGCGGUCUCAGUCGAGUGGGCGUCUGCAAGGUGGUCCCGGCCGACCUGGAGCUCCUGGGACGGAACGGCUUUCUCAUCUUCGGAGAGCGGCUCAAAGACAAGCAGGUGAUCCUGCAGUGCUUUCUGAAGAAGGAUCUGGUCUACACUAAAGCCACGCCCACUUUCCAUCACUGGCGAGUGGACAACAGGAAGUGCGGGCUGUCGUUCCAGAGCCCCGCCGAUGCCCGGGCGUUCGACCGCGGCGUGAGGAAGGCCAUCGAGGACCUCACAGAGGGCUCCACUACUUCUUCCUCCACGCUGCAGAACGAAGCCGAACUGGGCGACGAUGAUGUUUUCACGAAUGCCACAGACAGCUCGUCUAACUCUUCUCAGAAGAGAGAGCCAUCCAUGCAGACACUCGCACCAAUCAGCUUUUCCGAGCCCCACCACUGCAUUCUGGGACAUCUCUACGACCAACACAGACACUCUGACCGCUUCUACCUGGAACAGACGGUGCCCAUGUUCCCAUGUUCCCGUCACGUACGGUUUCACGAGGACGAGGAGGAGAUCGUUCGGAUCAACCCUCGCGAGCGCUCUUGGCUGACAGGCUACGAGGACUACCGCCACGCCACCACAGCGACGCGGGCCAAACCUCUCCGGCCGGACGCCACGGACGCUUACGUUCACCUCGCCAAGAGCGAGCCUCCCAAACACGACUACACUUACUCGUACCCGCUCAGCGGGGACGGACACACUCCCCGCGACGGCAAGACGGGCAUCGGCGGCGGCGUGGUCACCGGUCAGCCGCGGGCGCUCACCGCCAAGUGGCUGCCGCGGCGCGUGGAGGACAGCAGAGAGCGCUUACGGUGUGUGUACUGUCAAAACAUGUUCAGCCCGGCCGAAAACGGACGCGGGCGCUGCCCGGAGGCCCCGGACCCCGUGCAGACGUGCAUCCGCCGGGUGAGCUUCAUGUGGUGCGCGGACAGCCUGCUCUACCACUGCAUGUCGGACCCCGAGGGCGACUAUUCGGACCCCUGCUCCUGCGACGCCAGCGAGGAGCGCUUCUGUCUGCGCUGGCUGGCGCUGCUGGGACUGUCUCUGCUGGCGCCCUGCAUGUGCUGCUACGCUCCGCUGCGAGCGUGUUAUCACUGCGGCGUGGCGUGCCACUGCUGCGGCGGGAAGCACAAGGCCUCGGGGUGAGCGGGGGGGAACGCCGGCGCACCUGGGAAGAACCACGAAACGAAAAAGCGGAAGAACGAACUUGCGGCUGUAUCGCUUUGUCGGGGUUUUUUGGUUGAGUUUCGGAGGGCCGGUCCAUUUUUUUGUUUCGUUUUCUCAAUUUAAUUGUACUGGACAGCUGUCCUGGUUUGUAUUUUUCUUUGUUUUUAAAAGAGUAACCCUCAGCUUCCAUUUAAAAGACUACACUAUAAAUAUUCAUUUAUAUAUGAAAAGUAUAUAUAAAUAUAUGUAGAUAUAAAUAUAUAAAUCCAGGUACUUUAUAUUUUUAUGCUCAUGUGCUUUGAAGGUUUGAGUUGUAAUCUUCCUUCCGUCUCGUCCGUGUUUUAAUAUGUCCGUUUGAUUUGAUUUUACUCUCCCGUCAGCCUUUCGUUAUGUCUCUCCAGUCAGAGGCUUCUCUUCUACUGUGAUCCACUCCGUCUAGAUAAGACAAACCCAGAGGAAUCCAAAAUAGCUGACCUGUAGGAUGGUAGAUCUUGUGUGUGUGUGUGUGUGUGUGUGUGUGUGUGUGUGAGGUCGGAAUGGAUGUGGGAAAAUUAACAUUUUGCCAAAUUGUCAAUAUUAAUUUGCUGUGUGAGGAUGGGAAACACAUUGCUGCCCAAAUGUAAGUGUGUGUGUGUGUGUGUGUGUGUGUGUGUGUGUGAGUCUCAUGUGCAGGUCAUAUUUUACCCCAAAAACAAAAGAAAACAAGCUUUAUUUUAGCAUUGUGGAAUUAUUUUUUUUUUUAUCAAAAGUGUCAUUAAUACGGAAGACUCAAUAAAAAAGGAAAUUGUGACUUUUUAAGAAAAAUAUAUAUCUCACAGUUCAAUUUUUUUAUGCGCGAGUUAUUAACUUGAAUUCAACUGAGAGAUAAACUAUAAAACACAUCUGAAUUGCAAGAUACAAACUCUGUUCUGAGAGCAAAAGUAACAAUUGCGAUGUUUAUAGCUCGCCGUACUGACUUGAUAACUCACAAUUGCAAGUCUAUAUAGAAAUAAAGUCGCAAUUGCCUUUUUUAUUCGGUGGCGGAAGCGGGCUUCCUUACAUUACAUUAGGGGUGGGCUGGGAUGCAGUGCAAAAUUAAGAUGAUAUCGAAUUUGAUAAUCAUAAUUGAACCUUGAGACCGAACCAUGAGACAUUAAAGCGUGAAAAACCUUUUUAAACCGCUUGUGCAAUUCACAAAUUGAAUUGAUCUGAAACUGAUCUUGUUGCAUACUCCAGUAAUCUUUUUUAUAUCCCUCUGAAUAAUUAUUUACGGUUCAUCAUAAUGCAAAAAACCCCCCACACAUUUAAAUUCCCACGAUUACAUAAUUUAUUUUUGUAUUUCAAAGAAAAUAGUGGAGUAAAUAUUACUAUUAUUUAUAAACACAAGCAUUUUUUUUUUCAUACUCCGGCACCGCCAGUUGUCGCGCUGCUGUGAUAAACACGCUUGAUUAUGAAGAAAAUAACGUCACAAUGCGGAUUCCUAAAAAACGAGCUUCAAUAACGAACGUUUCGCGAUUGCUUUUGGGGUGCGAUGUGAGCCGGACGCGUUCUUAAAGGGUUCUGCGAGAUGUACGUGCCUGUUAUCGAUGUUUCGAAAUGAAAACCAGCCUCAAAAAAACGAUGUACCCCUCCUACAGGACGAAAAACAAGAUGUCUUUUUUUCUCUGCCUUUGUCUUAAGCACAACGCAAACUAGUACAACUAACGAACGAGGGAAAAAAAAACAACCAUCUGAACACUGUGCAAGUUGUUGUGAAGUUCUCAAAAUAUAUUUCCGACUGCUGGCCUAUCAGCGUCAUCCUUCGGAACAACAUCCAGCCAAUCGGUGGACUGUGACAGCGUUGUCAUGACGACUGUGAUCCUAUGUGUCAGCCGAUGUUGUAUGUCCUAUUCGUCUCUCUCUCUGGUGUCUAUCCUCGAUCUUCUCCCCCUCUUCCUGUCAAAAGCUUUUUGCAGUAGUACUAUCUGACGCGUGACUAAAGAGGAGCAGUUUUAUUUUUUUAUCGGUGUCCAGGAGAGUGAGUUCUCUGUCUGUCUGAUGCUCCUGAACAUUCUGAGAUUAAAAGAAAGUGCCUGAAUCAGCCGGUGCGUCUCCCGCCUUCUGUCCAUCUCUAGAUGUUACACUCGCGCUCUCGUGAAAAAUGUGUUUCGCUCACAUUUGGGACAAGGACAAGUUUCCAUUACAAAAGAUAAAAGUUGUCUGUUCUUCUGGUUUAUCUGGCAUUUCCCAUUUGUUGUCGAGCGCAACAGCAGGGUUUCGGGAAAAUCAAAACGCAUAUUCAUUUUCUCCAUAGAGAAAUUCAUAUUUGGUAACGACACAUUUUUUUGCACGCUCAGAAACUGUUAAAUGUUGGUACAAUGUCAGACAUUUUAAAUGUAUUUAAAAACUGUUCCCGACACUCAAACUAUUUAUAUAUUUGUAAAUAUCUGAAUAUUUUGUAACAAAUAUAUCAAUAAAAUAUAUUGAAUAUGAAUAUUUA